CAGAUUGAAGGUGAUGGCGGUGGUGGUGGCAGCGGUGGUGGUGGUGGUGGUGAUGACUGAACCAGGAAAAUGCUACAACGAGGAGAACACGAUAAAGGCCAGCAAUUUAUUGGACAAAUUUGAACAAGAGAUGGUAGUUAUUAUGAAGAAUGCUGCAGAACUCACCUGGGGUCACGUGACGAGUGUAGACGUGACAGAGGAAGCAAUGCUGGAGGCGGCCCUGGGGGUGAUGGAGCUGCGAGGGCGUUACCAAGAGAGAGUGAUGCAUUUUUUACAACGCCCUCAGAGUGUUCGCCCCGACGUCAGGAGGAAACUCAAGCUGGCAGCCAAUGGGCACCUCCAGAGAGCGGACGCCCUUUCUCUUCACGACGCCCUUGCCAACAUGUCACGCGUGUAUGAUACGGGAAGAGUGUGCAGCAAUAUGGACAUUGAGAUUUGCAAGACAGUACCAGGAGGAAUAAUCAGACUAUUUUCUGAGGAACAAGACCCGGCCAAACUUGAAGAAAUAUGGACCAGCUGGCACACGGACCUAGCAAGAGGGCUGGCUCCAAAUUUCAGAAAAAGCGUAUCUGCACUAAAUGAAGCUGCUAAAUCUGUUGGUUUUAAAGAUUACAGCGAGGAAAUGAUGAAAACAUACGAGGGACACUUAAAUAAACCUGACCUGUUGAGCUUGUACCUGGACGUGGAGCCUUUAUAUAAACUUCUACACUCUUACGUCAGGAGCAAGCUUAACCUGCGCUUCCCCGACGAGGUCAUCUCGUUGGAGCAACCCAUACCAGUUAUCCUCCUUGGUGACCUCUUCGGCAGGUUCUGGAGUGUGCUUUUCUCCUAUAUGAAGGCGUAUCCGGAUGCGAAGGAGGCGAACAUCACGCAGUACAUUCAAGAGGUGCCGGGGAACUGGACUUGGAUGUAUGAGUGGGCAGAGGAAAGAUAUGUGUCCAUGGGCCUUAAGCCCCUGCCAGAGUCGUUCUAUGUGCGUUCCAAGCUGGAGGAGGACCACGGGGGAGGGAGAUGGCGUGCCAGCCUAGCGCAUGGGAUAUGUACAAGCCAAACGACUUUAGGAUCUACAUGUGCACGGAAAAGACAGAGGAACACCUGCAGACAAUUCUACACCUGCUCGCACACCUGCAGUACUUCCAGCAUAUGACACAACUGCCUUUUUUCUACAGGCAGGGCGCUAACGAGGCAUUCCAAGAGGCUAUUGCAAACCUGUUUACGCUCGUGUUCACCAGUCCUACACACCUGUAUGCCCACGGGUUUGGAAGCGUUGCCAUUAACGUGCCCCUGACGGAGGAGGUGCAGAUGAAUUACCUCCUACACGUGGCAAUGGCGCUGCUGCCCACCCUCCCUUACUUCCUUGGGCUGGAGGUGUGGCGCUGGAAGGUGUAUCAAGGCGUCUAUACUGAGGAGGAGUGGAAUUGUGAAUAUUGGCGGCUCAGGAAAUACUAUAGUGGUGUGCUGCCUACAGUGUACAGAUCUAUUGAAAAUUUAGACAUGCUGGCAACUCAUCAGCUGGCACACGCACAAACAGGGUCACGUCACUUCACGGCUAUUUUUAUGACGUUCCAGAUCCUGGAGGCGCUGUGCGAGGAAGAAGGGCACAAGGGACCUCUGCACACGUGUGACCUGUUUGGGGCAAGAAAGGCAGGGGCGAGGCUGGCGAAGGCCAUGUCUCUAGGGGCGUCUCACCCGUGGCCCUUCACAUACCACAUCCUGACGCAGCAGACAACAAUAGAUUCUGCAGCCUUACUUCGCUACUUCAGGCCGCUGCAGAAGUGGCUGAAGGAGGACAGGAUGAAAGCAGGGGCAGGGGGAUUCCUGGAUGGGGAGGAGAGCUGUCACCUAUGGGAGGGGAACAGAGUAGUGGUGGUGGCGGUGUGGUGGUGCGGCGGAGCGAUGUUGUGGUGACUGUGGUGUUUGUGGUGGUGGCGAAGCUUCUAACUCGUAAACACCACACCUAACCUAACCCAGCCUGACCUGACCUAUCCUGACCUGACCUAGCCUAACCUAACGUAACCUAGCCUAACCUAACUUGAUGGACUUAAAAUAUUUGGUAUUCAGAGAGAGAGAGAGAGAGAGAGAGAGAGAGAGAGAGAGAGAGAGAGAGAGAAUAAAAUAAAUAAAAAUAAAAAAUAACCUCUAUAGAAAACGGAAACAUCAAAGUCUGCCAUAAAAAUUCUUACGUUUUCUUUGAACCGAAUGUAAACAAACCAGAAUUUCUUGACCUUGAGUGUGGAUGUGUUUCUAUAUAUUGACCUUGUUUUGACCCUUCCGCUGACCUGAGGGCGUGAUGGGCGGGCGUGCGGAGACAUGAAGGACUGGAGAACGCCCUGGAGGAAGGAGAAGGAGAGACAGUGAGAAGUAAGAGAGAUAUAGAGAGAGAAA